AUGAACACCCAACAUCAACCACGCGCAAGGGGACGUGGCCGCGGACGCGGUCGCGGUAACUUCCAGCAAACAAGCAACGACGGUGACCAAAUGAUGGUCGACAGUGAGCAGUCUCGCGGGUACCGCGGCAGAGGCCGUGGGCGAGGGCCCCGAGGCGGCCGAAACCACUUCCAGAGCGAUGACCGCUCCAAAGAUGAGCCCAUGGACAAAGAGAAGCUCAAGUCAAAUCCCUCUUACCCGCUCAUGGAAGGCUUCCUCACCCGCCGCUAUGAUGCGCCAAACAAGCUCCUCAACCUCUCCACCAUCGCCAGCGACCAAGAAAUCCUGGAAGCAGGAAUGUUCGCGACAGAAGGUGCCCAGAAGAAGUUCUUCCCGGCCCUGAUGAUCAUCUGCGACGCCAUCCUCGAGACGCAAGAAGCCAAAGAGCAAGCCAUCCACAGCGUCACUCUUGCAGGCAACAACCUCGAAAACACACACGCAGUCUACCAACUCUGCAACCACUUCCGCCACAUCCAAAACCUCGACCUCAGCAAUAACGCUUUCGCAACGCUGGACGCACUCAAGCCAUGGAAGGGCCGCUUCAGAAACGUCGAGCACCUCAUCGUCGACCCCUUCCCCAGUAUGGACUGGGAAGAUGAGAUCACCUCAUGGUUCCCCAAGCUGAAAAUUCUCAACGGCACCCAAGUCCGACCUAGCGCAUCGGCAACCGACAAGCACACUACAAACGCACAGCAAAUACCCCCACCAUCCGUCACUCCCACACCACCACUACCAGCCCCUGAAUUUGCCGACCCAGAGCAGCAGGCCAAAGAGGAGAUGAUUGCCUAUGUGCAGCGCGAAACCAACCUGACACGUGACUACGCCAUUCAGUGUCUCGAAGCCGGUCAGUGGAACCUCGAACAAGCCGGCGCUCUCUUCACACAAAGCCGCGACUCUCUACCAGCCGAAGCAUUUAAUUAG